UGUGCAGCCUUGUCCUGUUUAUCUGCAUUCGGCAAUUAUAUAUGGAUGUCAGUGGUUAUGAAAUCUUGCUUUCUCCCUCUCCUCGUUGAAGUCAAAUUGCCACCAUGUCCGUGUCUACUCCUGGAGCUGGCUUCAGUGACACCGUGCCUAUAAUCAGCAACGAGAAAGAUUACUUUGAUUUUGUUCAAACCCUAAAUCUCGCCGACAAUUCGAAUAAUUCGGAUUCAGAUUCUUUACCAACCUCUUUCUCCGAACCAGAAAUUCAGAAUAAGACCUCUGUUCCAAAAACAACUGAUCUGGCUACAGCCAUAGCCAAUUUUCGUCCUACCCCGAAGGAGAUCAUAAAUGGUAUUGCACCGCACGUGUUUGACGAACGACGAACAAAGUCGAGGAGAAGAAGAAGCUUGAACAGGAGAGGAAGCCUUGGUCGUGGUCGUCCUUCAUCAGUCAGCUACGACUUCUACCAUCCAGGCUUAGCUGGUAUGCACGGUAGCGCUGGUCAUCCGACCCACAGUGGCCUGUCCCGUCGGUCGUCCAGGACAUUCGAUGGCGCAAUACCCAGACCAGCGACAGCCCCAUACUACUCCUCAAGCAGCAUGAAGCCUGGACUUUCUCCACUGCGGAUAUCGGCGGUGAUUACCGUAGAGAACAUCGAUACACUGCUGGGCACAGAAAGCGAACGCCAACAGAUUUCCGACCACAAAGCGAAGAACUCAGAAUUUCCUCAGGACUCCCUUACCUUGCCAACUCUCGGUAGCAAUGUAGAAAGAAAGAGUAGAAUGCCUCGACUCGAAUUAACUCUAGGCAAGCGCAAGACAACGUCUGAUGAGGGUACCUCCUCGUCGUCAUCAUUAGCGGGAGAUAGCAACAAACGGACCUCCACUCGAAAGGCGAAGUGGCCGAUGAUACGUAUUGACAUACAAGUACUGAGGUCGAUCGGCUCGAAAAUUAUGACUCCAAAAAGAUCAGGUCCUUGAACCGGGAACAAGGGAUCUUUCCUGCCCACUCAGCGUAGCUUCUCGUUCUUCGUCUCUAUGUGAUCCGUCUAUCUCAGCUUUUCCGUUCUCGUCAUUUUCGUUGCAUAAAUCAAAUCAAUGUAUCCUCUUCAUCAAUUGCCGUAGUUUGAUUGUACUUAGAUUUUUCCAUCAUCAUCUUGCAUUCCGCUCAUCCAACUUAUCUUGGUCGUGCUUUCGUCUUGGAAUAUACUCACUUAACCGCUUUAUCAUCUUCGACUUAUCGUUGCCUUAUCACCUCCCUCUUAG